ACGUCAGCGGAAGUAUUUUGAGCGGACGCGAGGUCACAUUGGUCCAGUUUUGUAAUGUUUUGAGAAACACAAUGGAGGCAGCCAACACAGACGAGAUCCAACUGAGGCACGUGGAGAAAGAUGUCCUUAUCCCCAAAAUGAUGAGGGAGAAAGCCAAGGAGCGCUGCGUUGAGAAAGUUGAAGCCUUCAACCACUGCUGUAAGGACAGUGGUUUCCUCAUGGUGUUCAAGUGCCGAGAGCAGAAUUCAGCGCUGAAGGAAUGCCUGACGAUACACUACAGGGACCCUGUGUUCUUCGAGCAGUGUAAGCAGGAGUACAUCCAAGAGAAAUUGGAGUUUUUGAGGACGGGGGUCGCACCAAAGAACAGGAAACAGAAACUACCAACCAGCAUGUGAUGUAACAACCCACAUUCCCUCCUUUUGAAGAUGCGGAGUGAGGUGCUCUGGUCGGAACCAGCACCAAGUCCUUCACACCCAGGAUACAUGGUCCUCUGGCAGGGUUCAUUACUCUUAAAGGCACACGCCUGUGCAUUUUAUUUAAAUCUGUGGAGUGAAACUAGUUUGCUGUGCAUGAGUGGUAUAAUAUCAAAAUAAGCAGUUUUUUUUUGGUUCUGUAUAUUUGUUGUUCUCCAUCACAUGGCCAGAAUAAUCUUCCUCACUUUAUUGAAUCAGCAACAUUUCUAUCAUAUUUGCCACUGUGCUUAUAGACCGAUAGAUUAUACAGAAAGAUCUGAUCAUAGUCACUUCCUGUACCUAAACCUGGUAGAUUUCAUUAGAGUGCACAGCUUUCGCUUUAGAGGUGUACAGUCAUAAAUGAUAUCUUAAUAUCUGCUGAACACUUUAAUAUCUUAGGUGCUAUGCCGGCACACGUAAUGAAGAGUCUGGGUUGUUGCCCGAUAGUUUGGUAAAUCAUCUGCAGGAAAAAGUGCAAGGACUAAUUUCACAAAGACGCUUGUACAGUGUAUGUAAGAGACCUCUGACAUCUCAGUGACCCAUGUGUGCUCAUGUGACAUAUGCCAUGAAAUGUGACAGUUAAUAAAAAUAUUCACUGGUA